GAAAAAAAAAACACACUUCAUUGCUGUGAGCAAAGGGUUUUAGGAGCAGAAAUCAUAUCCAUCCUUGAACCCUAAACUGAUGUGACGAUGGAACUUCAAGCUCUUUGUUGCGCUCUUCCCUCUCAACCACUUCAAUUCUCCAAACUUCGUUCACAAGCAUUUGGAACUCAAGCUCUAUUCAGAUAUCAGAAACAGAAAUUUGGGUUCGAAAAAUCAUCGAAAUCAUUCAAACAGGUGAUUAAAGAACCUUCACUUUUGGGAUUGAACAAAUUUCAAAGGACUCUUAUACAUGCUUCUGAUUCCACCGUAAAUGGUGCAUUGGAAGUUGAACUGAAACAAAGUUCCAGUGUUCCUGUUAAUGUGGGUUAUAGUGGGUUGGAACCAUUUCAUGGUAAAUCAGGUUCUGUCUCUUUUUAUGGGUUGACACACCAAUCUGUAGAAGAAGGGAAGUUGGUAUCUGCUCCGUUCAAACAAGAGGAGAGCUCUUACUUAUGGGUUUUGGCUCCUGUUGCAUUCAUAUCAUCUUUGAUUCUGCCACAGUUCUUCGUUGGCACUGUUGUUGCGGCUUUCUUUAAUGAUUUGAUUUUAAAAGAUAUUGUGACUUCAUUCUCUUCCGAGGCACUGUUCUAUGUCGGACUUGCAACAUUUUUGCAGGUGGCUGAUCGUGUCCAGAGGCCAUAUUUACAGUACAGCUCUAAAAGAUGGGGUCUCAUCACUGGCCUCAAAGGAUAUAUAACCUCUGCUUUCCUCACAACGGGUUUGAAAAUUGCCGUUCCUCUUCUUCUAUUGUAUGUGACCUGGUCGGUGGUUCGCAUGGCGGCGGUUGUUGCUAUAGCUCCCUUUUUAGUUGGCUGUGCUGCUCAAUUUGCAUUUGAGAGACAUUUGGACAGACGUGGGUCAUCGUGCUGGCCUCUAGUCCCUAUUAUAUUUGAGGUAUACAGAUUGUAUCAGCUAACAAAAGCAGCCAAUUUUUCCGAGAAGUUGAUGUACUCUAUGAAGGGGCUACCUGCGUCACCUGAAGUACUAGAACGGAGUGGAGCUUUGUUUGGAAUGAUGGUGAUUUUCCAGUUACUGGGUAUUGUAUGCAUUUGGUCAUUGAUGACGUUUCUCUUGAGGCUAUUCCCUUCUAGGCCAGUAGCAGAAAAUUACUGAGUUUUGUAUGGAAUUGAGAAGAGUGUUGUACAUAUUCGGAGUGGAUAACAUUUAUAAGGCAAUUAACUUCAAUGUAGGCUUUUCAUUAAAGAAGCUGUAUCACUGUUAUUCAUUUAUGUUUUAAUUUCAGUAUCAUCAAUUGCUAACAAAAUGAACAAUGUCUUUCAAA